AGGAUACAGCCGCCAUUGUCUCCCGGAAACGCGUAGCUUAGUGGAUGCAGCAUCAACGCCAUUUUUAGUAUUGGCAAAAAAUACUUCGUAGGCAGGCAGCGCGAGGUUGGGCUGCGGCACUUUCACCCGUUUGGGUUUAUUGCUCAUACACAGCGCAUCUGAGGGGGCAUAUGCGUCAGUGAGAGGUUAUGGCUAUGCCCAAAUGGUACGUAAUUCAAUGUACACAGGGCUGUAGGAUGCCAAACACUAAGAUGUCCUGCAUUGGUUUCGCCCACGUGAGAUUUGAUGCUGUCACUCCCCGUCUCCAUCCCGGUAACGCCCCUUUCCUUGUUGUGCGAGAGCGCAGGGCGGAGCUGAUAGUGGGGCUUCCGGUCCGGCCCCGCCGUGUUUGAGUAAGGGAACCGGGACUCCGGGGGCGGAGCGAGUCACCGGAAACGGCGGAGUUGGAGCGUUACCGUGUGGGCUGUGGCCAGUGAGCGAGCCCCGGGAAGGGCAGAGACGCGGUACUGGGAAUCAGACAGGCGUGGGCACUGGGGUCCUGGUCAUCGUCGCCACCCUGCGCGCUGGAACCUGUCAGACCCAGGAAGUGCUGCCUCAGCCGGGCGCAGGCGGUGAGGGCCGGGGCGCAGGAGCCGGCCGGCACCGGAGGGGGUGGCGGGUCCCCUGAUGCUGUUGCUGUGUGAUACUCCCGGCUGGAGGAUAUAGGAUCCAUUGUCUCUGGGACACUCCCCGCUCCAGGGGGCGGCCACCGGCACCCGCAGGACACCAGGGAUGCUGCUGGCAGGGGCAUUUAGGGAGGAGCCAGUUCACACUGUUGAAAAGUCUUAAAGUGCCGAAUGCUCCUGCGGAACAGUCUAUACCCAUUGUACUAAAGUGGACCCCAGCAUCCUCUACGGACUACGAGAAAAGGAUUUACCGGAACCUUUAUAGAGGGUACAAUGGGAAGACGUCGUCAUCAUGAAGUUGUGGAGUAGCUUUGAGAUGGUACACUGGCAGCACUGCCUGGUGAUGUAAUCUGUUCUUUUGGCCCCUGAGGAUACCUGGCUGGAUCAUUUUUAAGCCCCUAUUGUUUUUGUGGCUGCUUGGAUUGGGAGUCCCCUAGCAUCUGCUGGGAUUCCAAGGCCUAGCUCUUAUGGUAUAGGAACAUGGACCAUAGUAACAGGGAGAAGGAUGACAGGCCACGAGCAGCUAAAGCUUUGCCAGUGCGGACUGGCCAUAGUUCCCGGCCAUCCAGCUCGACCACCUCCUCAGGGGUCCUUAUGGUGGGCCCCAACUUCAGGGUGGGAAAGAAGAUUGGCUGUGGGAACUUUGGAGAACUACGAUUAGGCAAGAAUCUUUACACAAAUGAAUAUGUGGCAAUUAAACUGGAACCAAUUAAAUCUCGUGCUCCUCAGCUUCAUCUGGAAUACCGGUUUUACAAGCAACUCGGGACUACAGCUGAUGGGCUUCCCCAGGUCUUCUACUUUGGCCCGUGUGGAAAGUACAAUGCCAUGGUACUCGAGCUCCUUGGUCCAAGUUUAGAAGACUUGUUUGACCUAUGUGACAGGACUUUUACGUUAAAGACUGUGCUAAUGAUAGCCAUUCAAUUGAUUUCAAGGAUGGAAUAUGUUCAUUCCAAGAACCUAAUUUACAGAGACGUUAAGCCAGAGAACUUCUUAAUUGGUCGUCAAGGGAAUAAGAAGGAGCAUGUCAUUCACAUUAUAGACUUUGGACUGGCUAAGGAGUAUAUAGAUCCAGAAACCAAAAAGCACAUACCUUAUCGGGAACACAAGAGCCUGACUGGAACAGCCAGAUAUAUGUCCAUAAACACCCACCUGGGGAAAGAGCAAAGUCGGAGAGAUGAUCUAGAGGCCUUGGGACACAUGUUUAUGUACUUCUUGCGAGGAAGCCUUCCAUGGCAAGGGCUAAAGGCAGAUACGCUUAAGGAGCGGUAUCAGAAGAUUGGAGACACAAAGCGUAACACACCUGUAGAAGUCCUCUGUGAGAAUUUUCCAGAGGAAAUGGCAACUUACUUGCGAUAUGUGAGGCGGUUGGAUUUCUUUGAGAAGCCAGAUUACGACUAUUUACGGACACUGUUUUCAGAGCUCUUUGAACGGAAAGGAUACACCUUUGACUAUGUUUACGAUUGGGUUGGCAGGCCAAUUCCUACCCCGGUGGGAUCCGUCCAUGUAGAUUCUGGAACUUCUGCGAUAACCCGGGACAGCCAUGUCCAUCGGGAGCGACCGUCACAGACUCAACCCCUGAGAAACCAGACGGGCGCACCAGACCGCCGAGGAGCUUGGGAGCUACAGGCCGGCCGACAGGCUCACCCCGCUUACCUGGCACCUCACCUGGCAUCAGACCGGCAUGGGGGAUCCGUGCAGGUGAUGAGUUCAACCAAUGGGCAGCUGAAUGCCGAUGACCAAACAGGUGGUCACUCCAACGCACCGAUCACAGCGCAGGCCGAGGUGGAGGUUGUGGAGGAAGCUAACUGCGUGAAAAUGCUCAACUUGUGGUGCUGCUGUUUUUUUAAAAGAAAAAGGAAGAACCACUCUCAGAGACAUCACAAGUGAACUCCCAUAAUCCUCUGGGGAGGAAAAUGAGAAUGCAGUCUACAGUGUCGCUGUGUCAAUGACUCCAGGGCUUUGGGGGAGAGGAUCUAGGUUCUACGUGGUGUAAAUCUCAAAGGAAAAAUAGAACACCAGAAAAUCGAAUGUCGUUGGCUGUUAUGGAAGGCCGACCCACAAAUGGUUCCUGAGACAUGUGCAAUAAUGCCGAUCUCUCAGAGCCAAGAGUCCUAAGAGAAAGGACAUGCCUAUGGCUCAGAAUAGGGAUUGUCAGGGACCACCCCUUCCCAUUUAUUUGUAUUAAUUGUAUUGAUUACUGCACUCCCUCCAUUGCUUGAAUGCAGCAGCUCUCCACCCACCUUUAUAGCCAUGGCUGGGGGUUGCAUCUCGGCUCCCUAUUUCACCUCCAUCCCAGUACUUGGGAACGGAGUGAACAGAAACUUGACUACUUUUUACUUUAAGAACCCUGUUUAUUCCCCCUUUUUUUUUUUUUUUUUUUUUUUUUUUUUUUUUUUGACUCCUUUGUUCCUUUUCUAUCUCCUUAGAAAUAAAGUAUAGACAAUUUAAAGCAUUCCACAGUAGAUGGGCUGCUUCCUGCAUGGGUAAAUGCCUCACGGAGUCUGUGUUGCACUACUGGCUUUAAACUAAAUAUACCUUUUUGUAAGAUGUGUACAUUCUCUUGCUCUGCUGCACGUUCACCUCAGAGCGAGGCUUGGGCUCAGGUUUUAGGAUGAUGAAGCCUUGUCUCCUGCUUAGCUUUAUGUAAACAGCAGACCACAGCUGAUAAACUGAGGAGAAGUAUUUAGUGUUGCUGCUUCAGGGGAAAAGAAAUUAGGAUAGAAAUUGAGAAAUGGACUAAAUACUAUUGGAAUACCUCUGUAUGCUUGAAUUCCUACUGUUGAUCUUUUUGCAAUGUUAUGCUUUUUUUUUUCUUAAAUAGGCACCAUCAGUUCUCUAAUCUUCUUUUUUUUUUUUUUUUUGCAUGGUAUUGUAGACAAUACCUAUACUACAAAACAAUACUUUCUUUUUAUUUUCAAAAAUGAAGGGUAACAAAUGUUCCCCUGUUCUAUAGUAUACACUGAAGAAAACUGUGAAUCCAUUACUUUUUUUUUCUUAUGUUUCUUUUAACCAAUCAAAGCUGGUUCUAUGUUUUUUUUGUUUGUUUUUUUUUGUAGAUAUGGGCAAUUUGUGUUUUAUCAAAGCAGAUGGAUUUUGUUUUCUUUUGUGCAACAAUGAAAUCUAGGUAUUCAUGUAAAUAGAACAAAAAGCAAUUCUCCGAUUGCCAUGAUAUAUAGCAAUCCGCCAAGUAAACAUGUUACACCAGAAUGCUAGGAAUGACCGUGCCCUAAUUUAGAGGUCAGCCAAUCCGAUUUCUACAUUACAUUUCUGUUCUCUUACCCUGGGCUUAGAACCAGCCAUGAAGUCUAACCUUUUCAGUCUCAAAUUGAGGAAUUAUGCAUAAUCCAGCAUCAUGUAGGUUGUACUGCAGCUUGUUGACCAUUUGUGAGCCUUUAAUAACCAGAAAUGGUUAUUGCUAAUGCACUGAUGAGAUUGGGGUACCCAGAAGUGGUAUGAUACAGAGGUUUCCCUACUGCUCCAGUGCCUUUUAUUUUGUUCUGAUCAGUCUUCAUUUCAAACUUCCAGACACUGAAAAUAAAUGCCACAAGGAUAUGCCUCGUAAAGAUGCUUUACUGUGUUUUUGGAGGUGAACCAAGGACUUGAGUUAAUCCUCCUUCCGUUUCCUACUCUUCCACAAUGAUGGAUCACCCCCUCAGGAAACUUCCCAUGUACCUGCAAUGUACAAAGAUCACCCUCUUAUUUGUUUUUUUUUGUAAUUUUUGUUUUUAAGGUAUAUUUAAUUUAGAGUAUUGCAUUGCACUGUAGCUAGAAGGGGAUUUUUUUAAGCUGUUUUUGUGUUUCUUUUAAGAACUUUAAUAAAUGUUUGUCUGUUUAAUGUUUCUGGUUGAGGAAUGUGAGGUUAUUAAAUUUAAAGAUUUGAGUUGGUAUGGUUUGAAUGCAUUUUUAAUAGAGAAGAUGUUUGUUUUUUUCCUGGUGGACCUGUAAUUGAGAAGAAGGAACUGCUUCUUAGAAAAACUGUUACCACAUUGAAAAGUACAUUUAUGGCUCUAUUUACAGUAAAUUAAAUUUGAACACUGUU